AUGGCUUCCAGCGCCCCUCCUCCGAGCCCCUCCGUCCCCCAGCCUCUGCCGCCACCGCAGCCCCAGGCCCGCUCACGGCUCAAUGCCACCACCUCGGUGGAGCAGGAGAUCAGCAGGGUGCCCCCCACUCCUGGACCCCAAGUUGGACCUGGAUCAGAUGGGAGAGACCCAGCCGCCCCAGCUAUACCCCAGGCCUCGCGGGCCAGGAGCCGAGAGAGGAUGGAUGGAACAGGACCUUCGAAGGGAGAUGUGGACACCCCCUUUGAGGAAGUCCUGGAGAAGGCAAAGGCUGGGGACCCCAAGGCACAGACGGAGGUGGGGAAGCACUACCUGCAGCUGGCCGGCGACGGGGACGAAGAGCUCAACAACUGCACCGCCGUGGACUGGCUGACCCUCGCUGCCAAGCAGGGCCGGCGCGAGGCCGUCAAGCUUCUCCGCCGAUGCCUGGCGGACAGAAGAGGCAUCACCUCUGAGAACGAGCAGGAGGUGAGGCAGCUCUCCUCUGAGACUGACCUGGAGCGGGCCGUGCGCAAGGCGGCCCUCGUCAUGUACUGGAAGCUCAACCCCAAGAAGAAGAAGCAGGUGGCCGUGGCGGAGCUGCUGGAGAACGUGGGGCAGGUCAACGAGCACGAUGGUGGGGUGCAACCUGGGCCCAUCCCCAAGUCCCUGCAGAAGCAGAGACGGGUGCUGGAGCGCUUGGUCAGCAGCGAAUCCAAGAGCUACAUAGCCCUGGACGACUUUGUGGAGAUCACCAAGAAGUACGCCAAGGGCAUCAUCCCCGCCGACCUGUUCCUGCAGGAUGACGAUGAUGACGAGGUGGCGGGCAAGAGUCCCGAGGACUUACCCCUGCGCCUGAAGGUGGUCAAGUACCCCUUGCACGUCAUCAUGGAGCUCAAGGAGUACCUGAUCGACCUGGCGUCCCGGGCGGGCGUGCACUGGCUGUCCACCCUCGUGCCCACCCACCACAUCAACGCCCUGGUCUUCUUCUUCAUCAUCAGCAACCUCACCAUCGACUUCUUCGCCUUCUUUGUGCCCCUGGUCGUCUUCUACCUGUCCUUCGUCUCCAUGGUCAUCUGCACCCUCAAGGUUUUCCAGGACAGCAAGGCCUGGGAGAGCUUCCGCGCGCUCACCAGCCUGCUCCUGCGCUUCGAGCCCAACCUGGACGUGGAGCAGGCCGAGGGGAACUUCGGCUGGAACCACCUGGAGCCCUACGUCCACUUCCUGCUGUCCGUCUUCUUCGUCAUCUUCUCCUUCCCCAUCGCCAGCAAGGACUACAUGCCCUGCUCGGAGCUGGCCGUCGUGUCGGUCUUCUUCACGGUCACCAGCUACAUGAGCCUGAGCACCUCGGCCGAGCCCUACACCAGGAGAGCCCUGCUGACCGAAGUGGCAGCCGGCCUGCUCUCCCUGCUGCCCACCGUGCCCGUCGACUGGCGCUACCUGAAGCUCCUGGGCCAGACCUUCUUCACGGUGCCCGUGGGCCACUUGGUCGUGCUGAACGUGAGCGUGCCCUGCCUGUUGUACGUCUACCUGCUCUAUCUGUUCCUCCGCAUGGCCCAGCUGAGGAACUUCAAAGGCACCUACUGCUACCUGGUCCCUUACCUGGUCUGCUUCAUGUGGUGCGAGCUGUCGGUGGUCCUCCUGCUCGAGUCCACCGGCCUGGGGCUGGUGCGGGCCUCCGUGGGCUACUUCCUCUUCCUCUUCGCUCUCCCCAUCCUGGUGUUCGGCCUGGCGCUGAUGGGCGUGGUGCAGCUGGCCCGCUGGUUCGUGUCCCUGGAGCUCACCAAGAUCGCCGUCACCCUGGCGCUCUGCAGUGUCCCCCUGCUGGCCCGCUGGUGGACCAAGGCCAACUUCUCGGUGGUGGGGAUGGUCAGGUCCCUGACGCGGAGCUCCGUGGUCAAGCUCAUCCUGGUGUGGCUCACGGCCAUCGUGCUGUUCUGCUGGUUCUACCUGUACCGCUCGGAGGGCAUGAAGGUCUACAACUCCACGCUGACCUGGCCGCAGUACGGCUUCCUGUGCGGGCCGCGGGCCUGGAAGGAGACCAACAUGGCCCGCACCCAGAUCCUUUGCAGCCACCUGGAGGGCCACCGGGUCACGUGGACCGGCCGCUUCAAGUACGUGCGCGUGACCGAGAUCGACAACAGUGCCGAGUCGGCCGUCCACAUGCUGCCGCUCUUCCUGGGCGACUGGCUGCGCUGCCUCUACGGCGAGGCCUACCCGUCCUGUAGCCCCGGCAACGUCUCCACGGCCGAGGAGGAGCUCUGCCGCCUCAAGCUCCUGGCCAAGCACCCGUGCCACAUGAAGAGGUUCGACCGCUACAAGUUCGAGAUCACGGUGGGCAUGCCCUACAGCAGCGCCAACGGCACGCGCGGGCCCGAGGAGGACGACGUCACCAAGGACAUCGUGCUGCGGGCCAGCAGCGAGUUCAAGGACGUGCUCCUUCACCUGCGCCAGGGCAGCGUCAUCGAGUUCAGCACCGUCCUGGAGGGCCGCCUGGGCAGCAAGUGGCCUGUCUUCGAGCUCAAGGCCAUCAGCUGCCUCAAUUGCAUGGCGCAGCUGGCGCCCGCCCGGCGGCACGUGAAGGUCGAACAGGACUGGCGGAGCACCGCGCACGGGGCCGUCAAGUUCGCCUUCGACUUCUUCUUCUUCCCCUUCCUGUCGGCGGCCUGAGGACGCGUCCCCUGCAGGAGCAGCAGUUGCGCGUGGCUGCCAGGACCUCUCCCGUGUGCACACCCCACCCCCCCCAGGCUGGAUGGCGCAACACUCAUCUGUGUGUGUGUGUGUGUGUGUGUGCGUGUGCAAACACAGGGCUUCGGAGACCCUCAGUCGCUCGCAGUCAGCUCACACUUCCGCAAACGGGCUGACCGCUGUAGCUCUGUCCACCCUGAGCACCUGGCGUGGUUGGAAAUUGCAUGCACAGCCUCCACCCGUAGCCCCAACCUGUCCGCGUGCAGCUGGUGUGUCAGCCAGACUAGGAUUCCGGCGCCCGGAAAGCACUUUACAGACACUUGUUGUCCCUCCUGCACCGCCUCCACGCACGCCCCCAGCCCCUCACUUACUUCCGUUUGAGUUUGUUAUUUGAGGAACCAGUAGUGCUGCUGUGUAAACUUGAUAGCCUUUCUUAUUUAUUUGAUCGUUGCUAAGCCUUGACAGCUGUUCUCCGAGCCCAGGGGCCUGCAGAGCUGCUCUGUCACGUGGCCGGGGCCCUGCCUGAUUCUGAGAUGGAGGCCACGUGGGCAGAAGCCCCGAGCUCUGCAUGUCACAGCCUGCGUGCCGCGAGGCUCUCCUGUCUGGUGGGUAGAGGGUGAGUUUUUCAGGGUCUUGCCUGAAUCCACAGGGACCAUCCCUGGGUAGAUGCGGGUUUGAUCCCUGGACUAGGAAGACCCCCUGGAGAAUGAAAUGACUUGGUACUCCAGUAUUCUUGCCUGGAGUAUCCCAUGGACAGAGGGCCCUGGUGGGCUACAGUCCAUGGGUUCGCAGAGAGUUGGAAAUCAUGGAAUCUGGAUUGCAAACCCUUCCCAGUGCUCAGAAAAGCUAGACUGUGUUCAGAGCCAGAAAGCAGACAGUCAAGGUCCUGAAGCAACCGAAAUAAAAGCCUUUGAUGAAA